AUGGCUUCUGCUUGGCUCGUCGAAUCGCACCAUGCCCAAGUCAGGACCGGUGAUUGUGGGAUUCAUGUGCUUCUACAAGGUAAAGUGGUGAAGGGUGUGGUGCUUAUUGACGGCGGCACCAAGUCGACCUCAGACAAGCAAGCAAAGAAUGUAGUUACCGCAAUGAUCGAGAAGAUGCUGGCGGUAUACAACUUGGCUACCAAGGCAUUCAAGUUUGACACUAUAGUCAUGAGCCAUUGGGACGAGGACCACUAUGGCGCGCUAGUCGACAAGAUCAAGAAAGACAUGAUUGCGGCCAUAGAGAAGAAGAUGGAUCCGGCGGACGCACUACUUUACCUACGGUGGGACAAGAAGAAACCGUCAACCUAUUUCUACUGCCCGAACGAGGACUCAGUGUUCUCGCGGAAUGGGAAUUCGAAAUCCCUCAACGGACUCCCCGCAAGCUUCCGUAGGGGAAAGAAAACGAAGCUCAAAGACAAUAGUAUGUAUAUCGAGGUAUGCAUAGCUAAAGACGCGAGCACGGCCCCAGACGCGGACUGGUACCCUUUUGCUAUCCUGAAGUCGGCGCAAAACCUUAAAAACCUUUACGACGUCCUGGGCGUAAAUUUCUUUACAAAUAAGGGGACGAAGCCCUCAAAAGACUACACGCCUGCCAAGCUCGUGGAGGACAACAAGCCGCAGGAGACGGGCGCGCCAGGGAUAUACUGCAUUGGUGUGAAGAACAAUACUUUUGGUGACAGCAGCUCUGAAGACCCUGUCGGGGCUCCCGAGAUCGUGCCCGAAGGGGUCACCAAAACCAACCAGUUCUCCAUCGCAGCUGUCAUUCUCUGGCCAGCCAUAAACCCGAAGGAUCCCCCUAAAUGCACACAUUACUUUGCGGGUGACGCAGAUGAGAAGCGCGAGGCCAUGUAUCAGGGAUGGCUUCGAGAAGGCGGCGUUACCAAAAUGACCAACAUGAAGCUCAGCCAUCACGGCUCGCGGUCAUCGACGCCGGCAGACGCCGUCACCUUCCUCCCACUAAAUAUUGUUAUGUCCAACCCGACAGGCUCCUAUUUCCACCCAGGCUGGGAGACGAUUCUUUUCUUGUCUGCGUGGACAAGGUAUGGCCAGGACAAUGCACAGCGUACUGUGCCUCAGAUAUUUGCGACAAGGUAUCCCUUCUAUUUCGACAUAGACACAUCGGGCGAGUACACGAUACUCCCCAGCAAACUUCUUAACACUAAGGCCUUUGACAAUAAGAAACACGGCAAGGCACUUCAGAAGUUUCUAGAGACCGUCUAUACUGAAUGCAGCGGGUGGGCCGACCACUAUAAGGCCGGCAAGAAUGAAAUACAGGAGUAUAACGCUGGAAAGGACGCGGAUACGAAGCGCCUGACCCUGAUCACCAUGCUCAACUCGAGAUGGGACAAAUUCUGCUGGCCCCCAUCCUCACUCUAUCCUCCAUCACCCUCGACGGGAAAGGCAAAGAAGAAUCCAACCGCGUCGACGCCUCAGUGCAUUACACUUCGUUCCUCCGGCACUGAUGACAUGGAGGAUGGCGCCGCUAGCUACAUGGUGUUUGACCAGAACACCCGCUUCCCGUGUCAGAGGAAAGACCCCAAAAACGGGAAGAAUAGCACCUCGGCGAACAGGAAGCGCAAGGGUACGAACGGGCUCAACAUAGAUAUCGCCAACCUUCCGGGGUGGCUUGGGGCAGCCACAAAGAGGCGUAAGAAGAACUUGGACUUUGGGAAAGCCGCUAGAGACGGAGACGGCGACGAUGAAUUGGAUAUUGCCCUCAUUCCCCAGCCCAUGGCCCAGGCGUAUGACGCCUACGCGCAGCUCGGGACCAACAUCAAUGAAGAGGACCACGAUGAUUGGCCUGUUGACGAGGAUAUAUCGCUGGCCAUGAGAUUCUUGCGCGGCUCCGCAAAGGAGUCGGGACCAGACGGUUCAGCAACAACGGCCGACGACGAUGGGUGGUAUAUAUAUUCUAACAACAUCCCAGAGGCUGCCAUCCACGCUGUCACCACCAGAUUCUCGUCCAUCCCAGCCGACGCCGACUGGGACUGGUUUGUGUCAACGCUACACUGCGCCGUGAUCAGCCUGGUUGGCGAUCCGCUGCAGGACCCCUUAGCCCCGACUAUCCAGCUGAGCGUGGAUGACGAGCUUGUGAACUGGUUUCAAGAUGUCCUUAAUGCAUCGAAUGUCACCAUGAUCAAGAACCCCCAGCCGGCUCCGAACAGCACCAUUAUUGGCGGCUUUGCCGUUUCAGUGCAGCUGCUCCCACUUAGCGGGUCAAAACAAGUCGAUGAUCCAGUCCAGCUCCUAUUCAGCACUGAGGAUGCCGCACUGCAGAAUGCCUUCGCGGGUAGUCAGCCCCCAAAGAUGGGACUGCGUGAUGGAGAGACGGCCUUGGUGCUGGGUCUCGAUAUCCAGGGCCGACAGCCACUGACUAUUUCCCUGGAUAUACUUGCCCAGUUUGUUGGCCUUGGGGGUCUAUUCCAGAAUCCCUUUUUGUCCAUCAUCCAGAAUCUCCGCUUCAUCGUGCCCGAUUCGACGAACCCAGGCACAGGCCAUCGAAAUGCCCUGUGGUUCGUCCCGCAGGAUGCGUACGCCACCACGACGCGCCUCCAACUCGAUCUCUCCUCGGAGGAUAUUCAGACGCUGCAGGUAUUCCUCAGCGUCCUGCAGACUGCCCAAGUCAAAAGUGCCUACGUCAUUGCGAGGCGUAGGAGCAUAUGGACCUCGUCACCUACCGAGAUCAACUUCCUAACCAACGGCGAGUUGGCCCUCGUCGUCCAGAUAGAGCUGGAGGGCCUUACCUUCAAGACGAUCAUCAAAAUGAGCAAUAACAUGGUGUCAGUCUCCCUGGUUCUCCUCCGGGGGGAGACCGAAAAGGUGCUCGACGUCAUGCUCAACUGGUUAAAGACGUCCAUCAUCGGUAUCGGGCGCGAGCCUAGAGAUCAAGAUGACGACCCAUUUCCAUUCACACAGUGGCUUACUCAGUCUGCGGGGUCUAUCUCCUUCCCCGACUUUGACUUCAGACGCGUCACUAUCAUCUUCAAUCCGGGUGGCCCUAGUGGUUCGACCUUAACAUUCGGCAGCCUCGCGUUAGACCUGGAGGUGAAGGUGGAAGCCAGAGAUCAGCUCAUUUUGGCUCUCAUGACGUUCCAGUACUCUAACACCAAAGGCCCUGGCGUGUCGCUCGAAGCGGAUAUGUGGUUCGCGCCGCCGUAUGAUGUCCAUGAUGCAGCACUUCGGCUUCUUCCAGAGUUCGAAGACUACGAGUGGUUCGAGCCGCUAGGUGUCUCUCCAGCUGGAUUCGGAACGUGGCCGACAUAUCUCGACCUCGGCAAGCUGACUGGGUUUAGCUCUGACGACUCACCCCCGAGCAUCUUCCCUACCGCGGUCACCGGGGCCAGGUUCUAUAUCGACGGACAGUCGGUCGAGGUAUCAGGAACCCUCCGGUCCAUUGCGUCUCAAGAACAGUCCAAGCCUCCCAUCUUCUCCAUCGAUGAGAUUGAUUUGGCCGCAUCCUACGAUUUCGACUCGUCUGGGUUCUUCAUCGCCGCCUCCAUACGUUCUCGCAUUGAACCACCGCCUGGUUCGUCUCUAGGACCAGCAGAGAUCCGAGGAGGAUUCGUGUACGAUGGCUCCGUGAAGCAGUGGACUCUAGUGGGGUCUAUCAAUAACCUUACCGCCGCACAUUUCUAUCAGUUCUUCCAGGAUGACAUCAAGAUAGCCGCCUCAUCUCUCCUGGAGAGCAUCGCCGUGAAGACGUUUGAUAUCAAGUACCAGUACGAGAGCGGGCAAGCGUCCCAGUUCAACAUAUCCGGCACUCUAGGCAUUGGAACUCUCGAUUUUGAUCUCACGUACAACAACAAAGGCGAUUCCUGGGCGUGGGACUUCUACGCCAGUGUACACUUUGAUCCCGACAAGUCACAGGGCUCUACCUUCAGCGACAUGCUAGCGAACGUGGUAGGGGGGGAUGAAAUUAGUAUUCCUAGCUUCCUCGGCGACAUUGACAUCACCAUGAAUAAAUCCGACGACGAGAUUGGCGUAAGGCUUGUGCCCAACAAGGAGCGUCAGUGCAUUGUAUUCACCAUGUGGGUAAAGCUAGGCGACCUCCGUGUGCAGUAUAUCCAAUUUGCCUACUCGGGCCCAGAGGUAUCCAAAUUAGUGCGGCCCCCGAUCAAGCGGGUCUUUCUAGCGUCUGUCGAUGCCCUUCCCAAGGUCGAAGUUCCUCUCCUAGGCAACAUCACACAGCCAUUUGACGAGGCCCUGGCCAUGUGGGUACAGCCGCAGGAAGGGUCAAGCGGACUCACCCUUGACGACGUCCAACUAGUUAAUAGUGUCAUCACGAAGUUGCCGCUCAAUCAGAAAGCACUGCCGUACAAAGCCGUGAUGAGAGACCCAGCAGAGGAUGAUGUCGUGCUGCGGAAUGGUGUUCACUUGAUGCUGGUCUUGCGGGACACUCAAGGCAAUACGAAUGUCGUCCUAGAUUACGUCUUCGGUGGCGAGACGCCCCCAUCCGGGGAGUUGAUGACAGACGACUUUCCCUCCGAGAAUGGCGAGUCGGGCAUGGCAGAGUACUCCAAGUCGUAUAGCGGACUCUCCGUGCGUAACUUGGGGCUCAAGUACGCCAACAAUACUCUCACGAUCAAGGUAGAUGCGGAGGUCAAGUUUGGCCCUAUCGAUUUCGCCUUAUUCAGUUUCGCGUUACAUCUCACCUUCAAGCCGGGGGAGGGGUUCAGCUUGUUCAACCUACCAACCCCGUCAGUGUCGCUCGAUGGCCUCGCGGCGGCCUAUAACAAGCCGCCCAUUACCCUCGCCGGCAUGCUGUUGCAUACCUCGAAUGAGACUAUGGAGAUGUACCAAGGCGCGCUCGUGGCCGGCUACACGCCCUGGGCCUUCGCGGCUGGGGGGUGCUAUGGGCAGAUUACUGGCCUGGAUCAGUACCAGACAUUCUUUGUAUACGCCCGACUUCUUGGGCCUCUCAUCACGCUCGAGUUCGCAACUAUCUCGGGCGUCACGGCCGGCUUCGGAUAUAACAAUAGCAUGCGUUUGCCUACCGUUGCCGACGUCACGUCGUACCCGCUCAUAUCUGUCCCGGUGCCGUCCAACUCCAGUCCACAGGCGGCGAUGCAGGCUCUGGCACAGACGACCUGGUUCUCUCCCAAGAACGGGUCAUUCUGGAUCGCGGCCGGGCUGGACGUCACUGCGCUCGAGAUCCUCAAAAUCUCGGCCGUCCUGGUCGUGGAGUGGGAUCCCAACAUCAAGCUUGGCAUCUUCGCCAUCGCCACAGCAGAUAUCCCACGGACGUCUCCCGGUGGCUUCAAGUUCGCCCAUGUGCAGCUGGGCAUCACAGCCGUCCUCGACAUCGCGGCUGGCACGCUCAAGAUCGACGGUCAGCUGACGCCGUCGAGCUACGUUCUCGACCCCAACUGCCACCUGACGGGCGGGUUCGCCCUAUACUCGUGGUUUGGGGAUUCCGUCCCAGAACUGAAGGGCGACUUCGUCUUCACGCUUGGCGGCUACCACCGCCAGUUCGUCCCGCCGCCGCAGUAUCCGCGACCACCGCGGCUAGGGAUCAGCUGGAAGUUCGACAGCUCUAUUUCCAUUUCAGGUGAGGCGUACUUUGCCAUCACACCCAAUGUGUGCAUGGGAGGUGGGCGGUGGGAUGUCAGUCUAUCCUUGGGGCCGCUGCAGGCGUUCUACAAUGCGUUUGUGGACUUCCUGAUAAGCUUCAAGCCGUUCUACUUCAUCGCGGACGGUGGCAUCACCGUCGGCGUCCGAUUCAAGCUCGACCUAUGGCUGGUGACUAUUCGGAUUAGCAUCGACAUCGGCGCGCAGUUGCACAUCGAGGGACCGCCGAUCCAUGGGACGGUGCAUGUCGACUUCUGGGUGUUCGGCUUCGACAUAAACUUCGGUGCAUCGGGCGGGGAUGACAACUCACUGACGCUGGAAGAGUUUAUCUCGCUGGCGUGUCAGGCUUCCGAUGUUGUCGGCAAGGGCAUGUUCCAUACCAUUGCGAGCGAUACGCCAGUGGGGAAUUACCCAAGUGUGCUGGAUCGCGAGAAGGUACAAGCUUCGGAGGCAGAGGAGGCAGCAGAUGAUCCACGAAAGCCCCACGUUCUCGUCACCCAGUCCGGACUUGUGCCAUCCGGAGAUACCAAGUCCACGCCGAGCGGGGAAUCGUGGACCGUAAGGGCCGCCAACUUCUCCUUCGCCGUGUCGUGCAAGGUUGCGAUUACGAAGGCUACUAUCAUCACCGGCCGGCCGGACAUGAAGGGGAAAGAGGACGUUCAAGAGCCCGAGCCGACCUCGGUAGUGGAGGGAACCAGCGAGCCGUUAUACGCUCGACCUAUGUGUGACACGAACGAGCUCGUUACCGAGCUGAUUGUCAUGAUUAGACCAGAUGCACCGCAGCAGAAGAUGGUCACACUCGGCGAGGAUGCGAAUGCGAGCGUCCCCGUGUGGGAUAACAACACGGCGGUCAUCAAGAGUCUACCCAACGGGCUAUGGGGGAAGUAUAACCCGUCCAAAGACCCACGCAGCCACGCUAAUGAUCCCUCCUUCCUCAACGGCACCACGGGCGGGACGACGUCCCUUAUGUGUGGCGUAGUGAUUACCGUCCCGAAGCCGCUCAUCUCAGAGCUCGACACGACGCAGCCUUUUAACUACCAGAAGUUCAUGGUGCAAGAAAUUACCGGACUCUUCCCUUUUCCCGUCCUACCGCCUAACGAGGCACGCUUCCUUCCCGCACCCCCGGAUGUACCACCGCCCGGCCAGUCUAGCAAGCAGUGGGCAGAUGUGCGCGCUACGUGGGAAAGCCCCGGGUAUGGCGCAGAGGCGCCAUUAGACGCCGUAAACCUCUGGGUCCAGAUGGGGAUUGAGGAACUAGGCUGGAGUGAGGCUAAGUUGGACGACGGAAAGGGGAACAAAAUGACAGGGAGACAGCCGGAGGCGUUGCUUAAGGGCUUAGAGGGUUACUAUCUUUGGCCGCCGUUAUUGAGCGCAGUAGAGAUAUUAUUUCCCGCAUGA